CCGGAAGUGACCCGCACUCUACGUUGACGUCUACCGUGUUUUUAAAAAAGCGGCGGUUGCUCCUCCAGCUAUUCAUGGACCAUUUGCUACCGAUUCUCUGGCUCGGUUCCUCGGAAAAGUCACAAGACGGUCCUGGUGCUUUACAGUAAAGCUGUGAGCUCCUUCUCUGCCCCAGGAUCAUGCAGCAGUACGCAGAGGAGAGAGGCCUUCUGGGAAAACUGUGUCCUGGGGACAAGAAGCUGGAGGGGAAGAACUUCUAUUUGGACAAUUUGAAGAAACGCGCAACAGCUCUGCUUUUGGAGGCCAUAUCUCUUUUAGGAGGGAGUAUCGAGAGUUUUCUUCACAAGGAUGUGAGCUUUGUUGUGACUGGAAGCCAAGAGGGUCUGCAAGAGGAGAAGAGUGUGGUGACCAAGGGAUGGGAGAAGGGAACAAAUGAAGAGACCCAACAAAAACCCAAGAGUCAGAGUGUCCUCAUCAGCGAGAAGCAGCAACCAGUAACUCCUCGACCGAUGGCCUGUGGCAGCCGGGGGAAAGCUCUGCUUGAAAAGGCCAUUCGCAACAAUGAGCGACUGCAGAGGGACAGUGUUCUGGCCAGUGCACGAUCGUGGGGAGUGAAGAUUUUGUUUGUGGAUGAUGUGAUUCUGUACCUGAAACAACUGACACGAGAGAGUUUCGACGUGAGGCACAGGAAACCUGAGCGGACUUAUGCCAAACCACAAAGUUCUCCUGUUGUCAAAGCUGCAGCUUUAAGAACUCCAUACCUUAAAAUCGAAGACUCCAGCAGGAAAUACAAACCCCUGCAUAUGCAGUCUACCACCUUCCCAUCGCUUUGCUACUCGGGCCGAUUCAGUCCCUUUGAUAUUCCGCCUCCUCGGUUUGAAAAUCAGACAGAAGAAGGAGAAAGUAAAACAAGGGAGACAAAAAAAGUUGAAAGCAGCAUUCAGGACCAAUCCCAAACGCCGCUCCCCUGUAACCCUGCACCGUGGCGUCCGCGCAAAAAGGAAACGGCGUACUGCGAAAGCUGUCAUCAACCCUUCACCAAUCUGGAGGAGCACUUGCAGUCGGAUCAGCACCGUAUGUUUGUGCUGGAUCCCUCCAACUACACUGUGGUUGAUCAACUGGUGGCUGAGAUGCUUCCAGGAUUCAACCCUAGUCCACCUGAACAACCAGAAACAACAGAACCACCAAGUCUGCAGCUCAUCCAGGAUGUCUGCGAACUGGAGCCUCUCACUGAUGGCGAGGUGGAACGUGCCAUUCAGGCCCUGCGCAGAAAAAGUUCAUCAUCCAUAAUCCUCAUCUCCAGUUCUACCGAGGGUCCGCUUACCAUUGACCCUGGCCGACCAUCACUAGGAGUUCUGUUUCCCAUCGCAAGUCCAGCCACACCACCUGCUGACAUCCAGCCUUUCACUCCUACUGAGUGCCAGCACCCGGAUAUCCACCCCAGUACUUUGAGCCCCGCCAUGCCUCUAUUGGAUGUUAAACCACAAAACCACGCCUCACCCAGCCAGCAGCCAUCCUCUUGCCCUGAUACCCCUGAUACUCCAUCCGAUGACCCUUACUCUCUGCCCCCAGUCCUCAGCCCUCAAAUCCCUUCCUGCAUUAUGGAGCUGCACAGCCCGUACUCCGAGCCGCCUGUCCUCAGUCCUCAACAGUACAUUGAAGAGGAAACUCUGGAAGUCAGUGAAAGGGAUACUGCCGAGUGUUUGUUGGAGUCUGUUUCAGCUGUCACGGUUCCCAUCACCGUCUCCCUCUCUUCCACUGCAGCUGAGACAAAUGCAGAGGUGGAAGAUGGUUGUUUAGCAUUCAGUGGGAUCCUAUUUUCUGGCAGUGGUUUGGUGUGUGAUAAACUGGUGUCAUGUCAAUCCCAGUCAUUGCCUCGACAGUCAGCUACAGCUCAAAACCCCAAAAAACGCUGUCGAUCAGCCAACCCUGAAAGUAACCACAGCAAAAGGAGUAGGAUUACAGGGAAAUGUAACCGGACCGAACAAGGGUUUAUAUCUAUAAAACCAGAACGUGACAUUAUGGCAACGUGUGGGGGGUAUUCAGUAUUUGACAAGGCCUCUUGUCAGAUAACACAGUGUCCUCGACAGCAGGUCUCUUCCUCAUGCACGGGGGAAAAACUUGAUUUGACAACAAUUUGUGUUCCCACUGUGCAGAACUUUCCAUGGGAACCGGGUCAUAAUAACGCACAUGUAACAACUCCUUCAAAUACAAAGACUUUUGAGCCACAGCUUCAGCUCCCCUAUGAAAACUCUCACACUGUGUUUUCCAGACAAGACUCUCAGCGUUCAUUAUCCCACUCUACCUCGGUGUGCAUUGAGUCGGCCCUUAUCCCUGACUUGGCUGCGCUCUCUCCAUCGUCAUCUGACUCUGACUGGGAGUGUGACCUGCUGUCACGGCUGGGCCCGACCUCGGCGACACCUCUUUUGCCCUCUGAGCAGAGCUGUGGGGUUGACAUGGAGCUCCUCCAUAAGCCGUGCACGUGGAUGCAAGACACCAGCUACGAGUCACGUCUGCACACGGCCCUCCAGCCGGCAACCCCAACAACCUCACUGUGUGGGGAUGAAAUGGACCCAUCAGUGUUUUCCAGGACUGUGAUACAGAUUGUUCAAGUUCAGCACUGACUAUUAAUUUUGGGAUUGUUCCGGAAAACUAGAAGAACCACCACUGGGAGCAGCAAGUGUUGGACUCUGCAGCUGCUUAUUCCACCUCGAGGAACAAUGUGCAGCACUUAAGCCCUUCAAAAUAAACCAAUGACGUGUACAUUCAAUAAAUAUUUAAAAUUUAGUGCAAACUAAAAGGUAACACUCAACUGUUUUUAGGUCAUGCACAUUUGUAUUAUUGGUUGUAGUAAAUGCAUAGUGGAUGCUGCAUCCUCACAUGCAUUUAAAGAGCUUCCAUUAUCAUGCUUACGCUCAACCUGUAAUUCUCCUUGUGCACAGAGCACGAGCAAUUUCUGUAUAUUGUGCUGACUGCGGUGUUUCAGCAGCUAUGUCCGGGAACACGCGGCGGUACUGAGAAUUUAAUGAGGCUUUUCUGAAUGGGCGCAUUACUCAAUUACUGUAAGUGCUGCAUCUGGAUCAGAUCCAGAUUGCACCAGCUUAGAUGGUCAAACAGGCAAGAAGGGGCAGUGGUGGAGGGUAGGCCUCGCAGUAGGUGCAAGACAAACUGUCUAAUUAGCGUGAAACGACUUUUCAUCCCUUCUGAAGGUGGGCCAAAGAACCUGUUCCGCUGUAGUGCACUGCAGCUACAGGGGCUUUAUUAUCUUCACCUCUCGGUUUGUGUUAAAUUUCAGGUCCCGUUCAUUAAAGUCUCGCCACAGCUCAUCAUUGCAGACAAAACUCACAUCGAAUGUCACCAGGAAAUCUCACCCAGUUCUCGUGGGGAAAAUGUGAAGUGAAAUCUUAUGGUGUUUUUAA